AAAAAAUUUUUUUUUAAAAAUUAAAAAAAGUAGACAGUUAAGUUUAGGAAUUUAUAGUAGCAUUAUAAAGGCUCUGACAAGCCAUGUAGGAAGAUAACUGUUUAUUAAGAAAUUUUCUUGAUCACGGUCCUCCUAAGUGCCCUCCUCCUGCCACAUUUUUGAUUAGUGCCUUUUCACAUGUGGUACCACCAUUCAGCCAAUGAAUCGUUAUUGAGCACCUGCUGUGUUUCCAGGCUAACUAGGUACAGGGAUACAAUUGUGAGCACAUUUGCCAAAAAUUUCUCACCUUGUGAUGUUUAACAGCAGGGAAAACACAGGUUUGGGUGAUUUGAUCUUAUUACUUUAGUAAGAUACUUCAGUAGCAGUAGAAUGUAUAUUUUUAAAUGGCUAGUACUGAUUUUUCUAUUUCCACUGAAAAUAAUCCUGACAUACCAUGUAAUCUAAAGAGUUUUGCAAAUGAAUCCAUGUUGCCGUUUUGCAUUUGGCAACAUUUACUCGCUCACAUUUUUUUGUUUUAGUUAUUGUUGGCUAGAUGGUUGAAACUGAUUUUCAUGAGUGGGGUUGACAACAUAGGUCAGAAAAACAAACUGUAAUUGAUGUUUUAGAUUUAUUCAAAGUCAGACUAUACAUUUUUUUAAAGUCCACUUCCCUUUGGCUUCCACCAUUAUGGCUCACUCAGUCUUUCCUUAUCCAAAGCUAUCAUACUGAAAAUAUUGUGUUUUAAAAUAUUAAGUUUUAGUUCACACCAACAUCUAAACUUAGAGGCACUGUUUAUACAAUAAAAAAAUAUUUUUAAGGGGAAAUUCAGAUUCUCCAUCCUUUUCCCUCAUAAAUUCUCAAUUCUCUCAAAUUUAAAGUACUAGCUGCCUGGGCAGUACUUAGUAUUAUGUAGCCUAAGGAUUAUUUCAUUUUAUAAAAGUGGUGGGCCCUUAGUGAUGUAGGGGAUGUAAGUAAAUUUGCCCAACAAGAGCUGCUUUUAUUGUGUGUGUUAUUAACUAUGUGUCUAUAUCUAUAUGGUGAGGCAUGGAAAUCAACCUUUCCUAAAACAGCAUGAUUUCAGCUACUCGAUACCCAGGUAAAAGAUUAUUAUUAAUAUUUUGGCUAACUUGAAUUUAAAAACAUAUGUAAGUCAGUAUGUGAAGUCAAGAAUUGCAUACAUGUAACUGCCAUCAAGCAGCAGAUUUUCUUCUUAUUUAAUUCUGAAACAAGCAUAAAAUGGCACCCAUGGUUAAUUUGUUUCUAGUCUUGAAAAAAUGAUAGCUCCUAAAUUAACCUGAUUAUUUUUAUUUUGACACAUAUUAGGAAUUAUUAAAGUUCUGUCAGCGUUUAUAUUUCAUUCCUUACUUGAUUUUAUCCAGCUCCUCGAAGCAGAAUUGUCUUAGGGUCUGUCUCUUGUACCUUUUUGAUAUUUAAUAUUCAGCGGGCUCCUUUGGAUGAGCUCCUGAGGGCUUGUGAAUCAUUGAAGAGCUGUGAAAAGUGGUUAACAAGCUAGAAGGAGCUCUCUGGAAAACAGAACAUGAUCAAGUCCAGCUUCUGGAGAGUCUUAGCGAGUGGUUUAUGUGACCAUGCAUUAACACCUAGCACAUUAAUCACACUUUUCCUGUCUUCCUCCUCUGUUCUUCCUCCCUCUUCUUCUCUGCCUUCUUCUUUUAAUUUCUGAACACUCCGUGUCCACUUCUUUUUCUUCAUAUUCUUUUUCUCUCAUCUCAUUGAAUUCCUCCUUCAGCCUUCCUCAUCUCAUCAGGAUAGGAGGUGGUAUAUUUGAUAAAGCAUUUGUUGUUCUCAUUUAAAAAGCAAUUUUAUUUCUCAAGUUAAAAUCAGGUUCAGUUUAAACUUCGGUUACAUUUUGUCCUCUGAUAAUGGACAGCUUUGCAUUUUAAUUUCUGCUGCCUUGUGGAUUAGCAGCCUGUGAUUUUUUUGUAUUUGUGAGUUUUCUUAAUAUGAAUGUUAGAACGACAGGAUUUAGGAAUUUUAUGUCACUUACUAGAUUGUUAAGCUCAAACACAGUAGGCAUACUGUAAUAUGUCUUCCUUACUUUUCUUUCUAGACUAGAGCUCCAUAUCUCCCCCUCAACUGUGUUUUUGGCUCUCUUAUGGGAUGCUAGAAUGGCCUGUCUCCAUGUAUUUUGUUGCAUUUCGCCAUUGCUUCUUGUGUUCUGUCGGGGAAUUUUGGUGAUUCUUUUCAAGCGCUACCUGAGCUCUGUGCUAGUUGUUCUGUUCCCCCAGGGUCUUGUGCUGUGUGGUCAUGUCUCCACUUCCUCCGCCCUGUCCAUUGACAGAGCCUGGGUUCCCUGAUGGCUGCCUCUAUACCCUUGUGAGGGCGGGAGUAUUCCUUCCCCUGCUGCUACAAUUGAGCCCGUGCUGGGUACCACAUUGCCCUCUACACUUGCUUUCAGUUGUUAAGGCUUCCCAAGCUUUGGCUGUGGCUCAGUGAUCCUGCUGUCAAAACCCUGAAGCUUUUCUAGCAUCGACACUCAGUGGUAGCAGCAGGUGUUGGGAUUUCUCCAAGCCCCUAAGACCCUGGGAGCAAGAGAAUGGCCGUUUGACAUAGACCUCAGGACUUUUCAAAGCACCAAGAAACGUCUGCAGAAGAUAUGUAAAGGGUCGUUGCUCCAGGGAGAACUGCAAAUAUCUUCAUCCACCCCCACACUUAAAAACACAAUUGGAGAUAAAUGGGCGCAAUAACUUGAUUCAGCAGAAGAACAUGGCCAUGUUGGCCCAGCAAAUGCAACUAGCCAAUGCCAUGAUGCCUGGUGCCCCAUUACAACCUGUGCCAAUGUUUUCAGUUGCACCAAGCUUAGCCACCAAUGCAUCAGCAGCCUUUAAUCCCUACCUGGGACCUGUUUCCCCAAGCCUGGUUCCAGCAGAGAUCUUGCCGACCGCACCAAUGUUGGUCACAGGGAAUCCUGGGGUCCCCGUGCCUGCAGCUGCUGCGGCUGCUGCACAGAAAUUAAUGCGGACAGACAGACUGGAGGUAUGUCGAGAGUACCAGCGUGGCAACUGCAACAGAGGAGAAAAUGAUUGCCGGUUUGCUCAUCCCGCUGACAGCACAAUGAUUGACACCAAUGACAACACAGUGACCGUGUGUAUGGAUUACAUCAAAGGGAGAUGCUCACGGGAAAAGUGCAAAUACUUUCAUCCUCCUGCACAUCUGCAAGCCAAGAUCAAGGCUGCCCAAUACCAGGUCAACCAGGCUGCAGCCGCUCAGGCAGCAGCCACCGCAGCUGCCAUGACUCAGUCGGCUGUCAAAUCACUGAAGCGACCCCUCGAGGCAACCUUUGACCUGGGAAUUCCUCAAGCUGUACUUCCCCCAUUACCAAAGAGGCCUGCUCUUGAAAAAACCAACGGUGCCACCGCAGUCUUUAACACUGGUAUUUUCCAAUACCAACAGGCUCUAGCCAACAUGCAGUUGCAACAACAUACGGCAUUUCUCCCACCAGGCUCAAUAUUGUGCAUGACACCCGCUACAAGUGUUGUUCCCAUGGUGCACGGUGCUACGCCAGCCACUGUGUCCGCAGCAACAACAUCUGCCACAAGUGUUCCCUUCGCUGCAACAGCCACAGCCAACCAGAUACCCAUAAUAUCUGCCGAACAUCUGACUAGCCACAAGUAUGUUACCCAGAUGUAGAAUUUUCAUCACUAAACAAUCAUACUAAAGAGGAAAGGACAGUGUGCUUGGUUAGCGUAAAGGACGAGGUCAUUAGCCAUAUUGUAAAUACCGUCAAGCAACACACACAAAAACCCCUCAGCCACAAGACAUCCACAUAUUGCAUGUUAACCAGAAGAAGAGACAACAUGGAAAUCCACUGCACACUGUUGCCUAUACACUUUGUACAUUUAAUUGAUAUUUGUGCUGAGGUGAUAUUCCUGUCUGAAAGAAGAACAACAUUGUCUUUCUUUUCUAGCACAGAGUUCUGCAUUAAAAGAUGCAUACCUAAUUAGUUUCCUAUAUAUUCAUGCCAUCUUGAAAAGACAGACUAUGGUGUAACCAUGAUUCUAUUAUGUAUUGGUACGUCUGUAGACCAAGGUAUAAUUUUUUAAAAAUAAGUUUAUUUCUUUCAAGGUUUACAAAUAACAAAGGUGCACCUUGUAUUUAAAAUCGCCAUUAUAGACGAGAGCGUGCAUGCACAGUCAUUUUUGUUUAAGAGUAAUAUUUUUAAUGUAAUAGAUUUUAAGAUGUGGUGAGGGAGGGAUCUGACAGAGAUGAAUGUGCCAAGCAAAACCACAACUGUGUAUCUUUUAAAGCACAUCAUGGCUUUAAGUACCAUGUUGUUAAGGAUUCUCAUGAAGUGCCAUAGACUGUACAUCAAAUUAGAGUAUUAUUUCUUCAGUGUUAUUGUUUUCAGAGCCACAUUUUGUUGCUUAUUUGCUAGUACUAAUCAGUCAAAGGGCACCAUUCUUUUUUCCUUUUUUUUUUUUUUUUUUUUUGGAAACCAAAGCUGUCUCAGAAAUGGCCAAUUUAACUCUACAGUAACAAUAGACAGCACAACACAAACUCUCUCAAUACCGAUAAACUCACACAUACUGGAGAUAUAUAUAAUAGAUAUAUAUAUAAAAUUAUUUUAAUGCAUUGUAGUGUAAUAUUUAUGCAUACUAUACUGUGUAACAUGUUAUUCAAAAGGGAUAUGCCAUUUCUGAGACACGAUAACAAAAAAAAAUGUUUGAGGAAAUUAUUUUGCUUCUAUUUAUAGCUCUGUCAAAAGUCAAACGACUAUAAAUGCUUUGCAAAAAUGGUUUCACAUUUGCUUAAAUGCUUCACCACAGUCACGUUUAAAAUAGUGACUCUAAACAAAGAAGAAAGCAGCACUGUCAUCAGAUGCAUGAUAAACCAAAAUAUGAAAAUGGGAAAUGUUUAAUUAACCUAGUAAUUGGGUGGGUUAAGUACAUGGGUGAAUUUUAUAUGUGAUUUGUUUUGUUUUGUUUUGUUCAGAUUAACUGCUUAUAGCCUUAGAAAGCCUUUUACAAAAUUAAAAAAAAAUAGAUGUGCAUUCAGUUUUUAAGAAUGGAUUCAUCCAAAGGAAUUCCUUUUUUGUGGUUUGGAUGUUGCAGCUAGUAAAGGAUAUUUUUGCUCUGAUUGGCAGUUCUAAAAAUUGCUGACGUCGGGGCCAGGUCACUGGUAGUUAUAGUGUGGAAUGGGAGAAGCGAAAGUUCAGUUAUAGAACUUUCCAUACUUCCAAGUUUACUGCAAGUUUUUAUGCUUGAGAGAGAUGCUUUCUAAUAUAAGACUGAUGUGUUGAUUUUACUGAUUGUACUGUACAUCUAUUAAAGCCUUAGAUUAUUACAUUACGGGUUGGAACCCAUACCAAUGUAAUUUCAAUCAUGUUAAGAGAGUAAUGGUGACUUCACAUGUUAUUGUAGUUAGUUACAUUAUAGAAUAUUACUUAUUUUUCUUGUUAAAAUGUAGUUUUUCAUUUCCUACAUUUAUUAGAUUUCAUUUUCUAUUAACAAUUGAAUACCAUUUCAGUUUAUAGACUCUUGUUUUAUUAGAUUUUACCGAUGAAUUUUUCAAAAUACAAAAAAAAAAUUAAAGUAGUUUUUCCUUCAUAACAUACUCAGUUUUGAAUUACAUGUAGUGUCAUACAAAUAUUCGUAUUAUUGUUAACUAAAUGAUUUAUAUUUUACUGAUUUAAUAUUAAAGUGUAAGAAUGUCAGUCAUUGUUAGUUCUUGUCUAGUUUUCAUUAAAAGAACAAAGAUCUUUUAUAUGGAUAUCUUAUAAAUAUAUAAUCAUUGCUAAGUAAGAAGUUAAGUUGUUGCUAUCGCAACAAUCCUGGCAGACAAUUGAGUAAUAUUUUGAUGAUUUAUUUUGUUUGUAAUUAGUUAUUAUAAGAAGAUCUAGAUCCUAGAUAUUAGAAUAAAAUUUAUUUUCUACUGUAUCCAUUUCAAAUGUUAAAGUAUUGUUUAAUAUUUUUGAAAUCCCUGAAUAUCAGGCCUUGUUAUAAAUAAGCUGCAUAAUCAAUAAAUAGAACAAGGGACUUUUUUGUUGAUAAUCCAAAUACUCAAAGUUUACGUAAUGAGAAUUAUAGCGUGUGUGCAAACUCUUGAGGGUUGAUUAUGCUGCAAUUUAGCAUGUUGGAACGUCUAGAGAGAAGGUUGACUUUUUGCACUUCUGUAUAUAGUCAAAAGAGAGAAACCUGUAUAAUAGUAAGAUCUUAUUUUGAAUAAAAACGUCUAUAAUUACAAGGAGUUUUGUUAAGGCUAAUAAAAUGACAGACUGAGCAAAAUUGCUUGCAAAAGUGGCACAGAGUUAGCACUCCAUACCCCUUCAAACAUGUUGCUUUGCUUUAUUGUGGACAGCUUGUAGUUUGCCAGGAUUUUUUCAGCUGGAAAGAUAUGCCAUCCUUCCGAGAUCUCAUGACUGACAAAAACUCCAUUGGGCCAAAUCUGCCUGAAGAUCAUUACCAAAAAUAGCAGGUACUUCAACCAUUAAGGUGAAAUCAUGGAUCAAAUAUUCCUUACAUUUUUCAAAACUACUGCAUGUUUAAAACUUCAACGAAAAAAAAAAAGAGAGAAAGAACUAUACUAAGGACAUAUAUUAUACAAAUCAGUUUCUGCCAAUUUCAGUGGUUUAUUGUUCACAAAAAAAAAAAAAAAUCUUCAAAACAAGUAUUGACUCUCACAAAAUUUAAACCGUAAACAGGCAAACCAAACAGCACACCGUAGCUAUAGUUGUUAUGUGAUUGUUUUUUAAUUGCUGUAGGAUCCUGUUCUUUCAGCAGGUGAAAAAACAAAACGCAGUUCAGAUUUCACGGUUUUAAUUUUCAACUCAGAAGCACUCAAAAAAGCAAAUGUGAUCAUGGGCACUUGUUUAAUGAAUUCGUGUAUCCAGCCUUCACUCCCGCUGGCUGCACUUAUCAGCAACCCUACCGCUUUCAUCUGCUGAAAGGACAGAUGUGCUUGGUUUUACUAUUAUGUAAUCACAACUUACUUUCUGCUUGUAGUUGCUUAAAAUUAUGUAUUUUGUCUUGGGCUGCAAUUUGUUUUAUGCUUAUUUUAUUAUUACUGCAGUAGUUGACUUUGCUGUAUGGAAAAAUAAAGUGAAAUUGCCCUAAUAAAACUUCUCUUUCUUAAGUAUA